GUGUGUCUGGAGAAGGUGUGUCUGGACCAGGUGUGUCAGGAGCAGGUGUGUAAGGAGCAGGUGUGUCUGGAGCAGGUGUGUCUGGAGGAGGUUUGUCUGGACCAGGUGUGUCAGGAGCAGGUGUGUCAGGAGCAGGUGUGUCUGGAGCAUUUGUCUCAGGAGCAGGUGUCUCAGGAGCAGGUGUGCCUGGAGCAGAUGUGUCUGCACCAGGUGUGUCUGGAGCAGGUGUGUCUGGACCAGGUGUGUCUGCACCAGGUGUGUCUGGAGCAGGUGUGUCUGGAGGAGGUUUGUCUGGACCAGGUGUGUCAGGAGCAGGUUUGUCAGGAGCAGGAGCAGGUGUGUCUGGAGCAAGUGUCUCAGGAGCAGGUUUGUCUGGAGCAGGAGCAGGUGUGUCUGGAGCAGUUGUGUCUGGAGCAGAUGUGUAUGGAGCAGGUGUGUCUGGAGCAG